UCCGCGUACCCCUCGAUUGUCCACUCACUGUGUGCUUUUCGCUCUGAUAUCAUUCGAUUUCGCACUCAUUGCGAGAUCCUUCACGCGCUGUCCCCCUGGCCAUCCUUGUAGAUCCACGUGUCUCAACAUCCUUGCCAACACCCUUCAAGACAGAAUAGAGCAGCGUGGAGUCAUGUCUGACCUUGAUGAGGUCAUUGAGCACCAUCGGACGCUACUGGAGCUCCGUUCCCCAGGUCAUCCCGAACGACACUUUGCUGUCAAUGAUCUUGCACACAGACUUCAUGCGGGAUUCCAGCAGCGGGGAGUCCAGUCUGACCUCGAUGAGGCCAUCGAGCUCCAUCGGACUCUACUGGAGCUCCGUCCCCCAGGUCACCCUGAACGGCACUUUACUGUCAAUGAUCUUGCACACAGACUUCACACGAGAUUCCAACAGCGGGGAGUCCAGUCUGACCUCGAUGAGGCCAUCGAGAUCCAUCGGACUCUACUGGAGCUCCGUCCUCCAGGUCAUCCUGAACGGCACUUUGCUGUCAAUGAUCUUGCAUACAGACUUCACACGAGAUUCCAACAGUGGGGCGUCAUGUCUGACCUCGAUGAGGCCAUCGAGUGCCAUCGGGCUCUACUGGAGCUCCGUCCCCUAGGUCAUCCAGAACGGCACUUUGCUGUCAAUGAUCUUGCACACAGACUUCACACGAGAUUCCAACAGCGGGGCGUCAUGUCUGACCUCGAUGAGGCCAUCGAGCGUCAUCGGACUCUACUGGAGCUCCGUCCCCCAGGUCAUCCUGAACGGCACUUUGCUGUCAAUGAUCUUGCACACCGACUUCAUACGAGAUUCCAACAGUGGGGCGUCAUAUCUGACCUCGAUGAGGCCAUUGAGCGUCAUCGGACUCUACUGGAGCUCCGUCACCCAGGUCACCCUGCACGGCACUUUGCUGUCAAUGAUCUUGCACACCGACUUCAUACGAGAUUCCAACAGCGGGGCAUCGUGUCUGACCUCGAUGAGGCCAUCGAGCGCCAUCGGGCUCUACUUGAGCUCCGUCCCCCAGGUCAUCCUGAACGGCACUUUGCUGUCAAUGAUCUUGCACACAGACUUCAUACAAGAUUCCAACAGCAGGGCGUGAUGUCUGACCUCGAUGAGGCCAUUGAGCGCCAUCGGGCUCUACUGGAACUCCGUCCCCCAGGUCAUCCUGAACGGCACUUUGCUGUCAAUGAUCUUGCACACCGACUUCAUACGAGAUUCCAACAGCGGGGCGUCAUGUCUGACCUCGAUGAGGCCAUUGAGCUCCAUCGGACUCUACUGGAGCUCCGUCCUCCAGGUCAUCCUGAACGGCAUUUUGCUGUCAAUGAUCUUGCACACAGACUUCAUGUGAGAUUCCAGCAGCAGGGAGUUCCGUCUGACCUUGAUGAGGCCAUUGAGCGCCAUCAGGCUCUACUGGAGCUUCGUGACCCCCUAUCAUCAUGAACGAACCGCAUCUCUCAACAAUCUUGCAUUCGGACAUCAUGCGUGGGUGAUUUCACUUUGUCGCCAACAUACGAAAUGCACAGAAUAACUCAAUGAGCGGCACACGGAGCAAAAGAGAUCAGAGAGGUUUCAACCAUGUAAAUAUAUUUUCGAGUGCUUCAAAAUAUACAAUAUGAUACUGUUGGGU